AUGCAUCUAUUCAGAAUAAUAUCCUGUCUGUUACCAUUCGUCACGGAGAUGAAUGCGCAGCGGUCAGCGGGCACAUUAGUUGAUUUCACAGAUCCUAAAGUACAAGGGCACCUGGACGCUCUGGUCCGGAUGGCACAAUCCUGCGUCAUCAAAGUGCGAGCUACUCCCAAGGACGUGAGGGCGUACUUCACGAACUCCUCACCGGUGUCCAGGUCUGGCCAAUGCUUUGCAGCCUGCAUGCUGGAGCAGAGUGAUGUUAUUAACCAUGGCAAGGUGAACAGAGAACUCCUAGUCCAUCUAGCAAGCUUGGUAAACGGCAAGAAUUCUCGCGUGGUCCGCAAGCUUAACACUGUCUCCCGUCUCUGCCUGGACAGUAUCGAAGGCAUGUCAGACAGAUGCCAACUAGCGUCUACAUACAAUGACUGCUUGAACGAAAACAUGAUCGAAUUCGCGUUCCCACUGGAUAUAGCUGAAGAAGCUGUGAGGAAGAUGCCUUUCCAUUUAAUACAGCCCAAGUGA